UAUAAAAAAAAAAAAAAAAAUCAACUUGUUUGUCACUUAUACGAGAUUUGACAUAGGUUGUUUCUGUUGUCACUAUGCAAACAGUACAAAAAACUGUAAACUAUUUAUUAUAGUUUGUCCAGACUCUCACAGCAGUAUCUCACAACCCCACCAUGCAUGUCCUAUCUCUUUUUUUAUCCGCAAUAUUCUUUUUUCUCUUCCUCACAUCAACCAUUUCAAUUUCCCCGGGGAAACCCACAAUCUCUCAGCCUCCGGCACUACGACGCCUCCACCACAGAGACCUCUCCGUAGAUUACUACUCCAAGAAAUGUCCUCAGCUCGAAAAUCUCGUCGGUUCCAUCACUUCUCAGCGGUUCAAAGAAGUUCCCAUCUCAGCUCCAGCCACCAUUCGCCUCUUCUUCCACGACUGCUUCGUUGAGGGAUGUGAUGGGUCGAUAUUGAUAGAAACAAAGAAAGGAAGCAAGAAAUUAGCAGAAAGAGACGCUUAUGAGAAUAAGGAAUUGAGAGAAGAAGGAUUUGAGAGUAUCAACAAGGCAAAGGCAUUAGUUGAGUCUCAUUGCCCUUCUCUCGUCUCUUGUUCUGAUAUCCUCGCCAUCGCCGCUCGAGAUUUCAUCCACCUGGCAGGUGGACCUUACUAUCAAGUGAAAAAAGGAAGAUGGGACGGCAAAAGAUCAACGGCCACGAACGUCCCUCCAAACAUACCUCGAUCAAACUCAACCGUUGACCAACUCAUCAAGCUCUUCGCGUCCAAAGGACUAACCGUAGAGGAACUUGUCGUUCUUUCCGGGUCUCACACCAUCGGCUUUGCCCAUUGUAAAAAUUUCGUUGGUCGUCUCUACAACUUCAAAGGCACAAAAGGACCAGACCCCACGCUAGACCCGAGGUUACUCAAGGAGCUCCGUAUGUCGUGCCCUUUUUAUGGAGGAAGCUCCGGCGUCGUCCUCCCGCUCGACGCUACAACUCCGUUUGUGUUUGACAAUGGAUAUUUCACAGGACUAGGAAGUAAGAUGGCGCUUCUCGAGUCGGAUCAAGCCAUUUUCCUUGACCCGAGGACGAAGCCCAUUGCACUUGAGAUGGCUAAAGAUAAGCAGAGGUUUCUCAAGGCGUUUGGAGAAGCUAUGGAUAAAAUGGGUUCCAUUGGUGUGAAGAGAGGGAAGAAACAUGGGGAAAUACGAACAGAUUGUCGAGUCUUUUUAUAGAUUUUAUAUUUAAAUUUAUUGUUUUGUGUGAGGGUUUUUGUCUUGAUCUUGAUGUGUUUUGUCCUGUGUAUUUUCUUGAUUGUUUUGUUCAUAGAAUAAGGGUUUUCUUCUAGAAAGCAUCGCUGAACAUAUUGAGAGAUGCCUUAUUUAAAAAAAAAAAUGAUUUAGGCUCUUACUGCAUAUAUAUGUUAUUGGUGGUAAUAUUACAUGAGAAGGUUCUCAAU